AUGACUGAUACCAAAGAGACCGAUCCACUACAACUUUUAAAGCAUUAUACUGCUAAUAAUUUAACACCUCAGCUUCUUGAUCAAAGUUAUAACGUUGUUACUAGACUUCAAGAUGCUACAUACAUACAAUUUGAUUCUUUUCGAUUUGAUAAAAAUAUGAUAGCUACAUCUUUUCAAGGACUUUCACAACAGUACUUUCCCUUAUCCGUUCUUUAUCACGCUACCACAACAAGGGAACUGGAUUUUACUAAAUACAAUGAAGAUGCUACAGAAGAAAAAUUUACCAUACGUUUAAAUUAUACUGAAAGAAAACAAUGGUUAAGUUUUGUCAGUGGCUCUUCACCUUUGGCUAAUGAUUCCGAUAGGAACUUAUUUGGAAAAACCUCAGCUUAUUCCUUCUCUGAUAUAGAAAAGCGUAGGCACGAUAAUUCGGUAGACAAGGAUCAUCAAAAUGCAGCGGAAAUAAAAAGACAAAAGAAAGCGCGUUUUGAUAAGGACAAAAUUUGGAUGGAGACUCAUAUGAAAAAACAUUUAGCUGUUUCAAAUUCUUCAUGGGAGGAAUCAUUGGAGAGUAAAGACAAAGAAGAGGUAUAG